AUGUUACUCAGGGACAUAUCGGUCCGAUACGAGGUUGGAAUGGAGGCACUUAUGCUCAACUAUAUACCUCAUCUAUCUGGUUUCCCUCCUCCCACUUCGCCAAUGCUAAUCAUCGAGCCACAAGACUACCUUUCACACCUCAUCCUAUGGAAUGCAUUCCAGACCUGCGCGGCGGUGGGUAACAGCGUGCUCUUCAUCGUUAACAUUCUCAGCCGAAAUACCACCAAUCUGGUACUCCUCAAUCUGACCCUCGCCUUCAUCAUUGCCUCGAUUUCCUUCAGUAUCCUUGCAUGGUCAGGACACGCGCUAAAUCAGCAUCCACCUUUCGAAGUUUGUCUCUGGAGCGGUGUUAUCGCGCUAAGCAAUGUCCCGCUUAUAGGCGCCUCCGCGUUGGCGCUCAGUUUAAAAGUUUGGGCAGGCGUUAUGAUGACGGGCUUUCCAGCCUGGCGCGGUUUUUACGAGCGGGUUAGCUGUACCCCAUUAUUGUUGCUGCUGCCCAUAGUGUCCGCGCUGCCUGUGUUCUGUGCUGGACUUGUGAUAGGCCUCAAGGAUCGGAGUAUCGUUUAUCGGGGCUCGCCAAUGUACUGCGUUGUCAACAAUACUCCGCUACAGUACGCUUCCCUGGGUCUGGGUGCUGUGUAUUCGUUGACAUGCUUAUGCUUUGCUAUCGGGAUUGUCAUCCGCCUCCUCUACAUGCGUUGGCGCAUUUGUAGUAUCCUAGACCACAGUGGGAUCUCGUAUUCGCUCAUCUUGCGCACUUUGCUGUUUUCAGUGUUUGUGGGCGUUGCGGUUGUAGCCAACAUGGUCUCUUUUACAUCGACUUUUGCUGAGGUCAUGCCUGAUGUCGUUUUUCUCUACCUGCGGCGUCGCAGCAUUUCUCAUCUUUGGCACUACCAAGCCAAUACUCAGCUUUAUCUUCCGGUGCCGACGAGCAACUACCACCAGUGCUGUACCGUCAUUACCAACGUCAAUGCCGUCCUCGUGCUCAGCCGCGUGGCGACCUCCCCGUCCAGCCCCACCGGUGUCGAUUAG